ACUCGGUAAUCUUAUUUGCCUGGAUUAUUUUAUUAAGACGUCUUAACUUCCGCCGUUGCAUGACUUACAAAGAGCAUAUAUUUCAACAUUGCUGCAGUUCUGCUACGCUGACCUUCAUAUUUUUUUAAUUUUUCAGGAUCCACAUUCCACAUGUCUUCCGCCUUCAGUUUUGGCAAUACAAAACCCAAUAUUAUGAAGUUGCUUUACUUGUUGAAAUUUAUUUUAAAUCAGCUGCUUUUGUGAAGCUUUUGCAAAAUGUGAGACUGAUGGCCAGUUUACGUUUACUUUUUAUGCCUUUUAUCAUCAAGACUCAUUUCCCCUUGUAUUCAAAUCCUAUGAUUUGGCCAGUUGACAUAAUUGUGAUGUAUUUGUGAAACUUAGGUAAUUGUAAUCACUAUCAGAGUCACUCGAAGAGUCGCUAUCUCCGACAUGUAUAUAAGUUGGUCUUUCCACCGGUCUAUUUUGAUGUAUCGCUCCCAGUCCUCUAAUAUAAUAUUUUUUGUCUUUUCUACUACACUUGUCCAGUUUUCACCAGUGACGUGUGUGAUGCAAACAAUUUCAAGCAACUUCAACAUUUUGUUUGUCGUUUGGAGGAGUGGUGUUGUUUUUUUGCAGCAAAUCCUGAAAUUAAAAUAUGUAAUAAUGAUUAAUUAACAAUAAAAACAUGAUAAGAAUGUGUAACAUCUAGAUUCUAGAUAGACCAUGAGUUCGAUAUAAGAUCUAUAUAAGAUUUUUGUUCAAAUUAACUUUAAUUUGCGCACAAAUAAUAUUAAUUAUUAAUUCAAUUGCAUUAUACGGAAAUUGGUACCAAAGCAAUCUUAAAACCCAGUGUCGUUCGCCGCGGCUAUCUAAAGCUACUGUUACACAUGCUCUAAAAUAGCAUGCUUAAAACCGUGCUAUUGAGUAUGCUCAAUACGAGCAUGCUGGUGAGCAGUUUACAUUUGCUAGCAAUAGGCAUGCUAGUUUUAAGUAUGCUCCUGAAUAAGCAUGCUCAAAGCAGACAUUCAAAUACACAUGCCAUUUUAUAGCGUGCUUCCUUGCUCUCAGUUCAAAUAAAGUCAUGGACAAUCAAACAGCUAUCCGUAUGGAGCUAAACAAGAUCAUUCUCUUGCUGGCGAUGCAAUGCAUCCAGAAGCUUAUAUCAGCUCGUCAAAAAAAGAAAAGAAAGAGAAAGAUUUGGGUCCGUGAUUGGAUAUCUAGAAGAGAGGAAUUUGGAGCAAGUGCUCAAUUGCUUACAGAAAUGCGAGUAGAAGAUGCUACGGGUUAUAAAAACUUUAUGCGGAUGCUACCGCAUCAAUUCGACUGUUUACUCUCUCAAGUUAAAAGCGCUAUACAGAAACAAGAUACACACAUGCGAGAUGCUAUCCCAGCUAAAGUGAAGUUAGAAGUGACAUUAAGAUAUCUAGCAACUGGAGAUUCUUUACAUACAUUGCAAGCACUUUACAGGGUUGGAAGAUCUACUAUAUCGAUAUUUCUUCCUGAAGUUUGUGAAGCAAUAUACAAUGCUUUGAAGGAUUAUAUAAGGAUUCCAAGCCGUGAAGACUGA